GAAUCCUCGAUCACUGAGGAGGAGAGAAAAAAAAAAAAAAAGAGCUGUCGGAGCGUCACGGAGCGGUGCAGUAACAUCUCCAUCACGAGCAGAAAGCAGCAUCAUUCUGCACAUCCAGCGAGUGGGAGCGAGUCCACGCAAACUGCACGCCGUGUCCCAGCCUCACCAUGUCCGCGGCCAGCGACUUUGGGAACCCGUUACGAAAAUUCAAGCUGGUGUUUCUAGGUGAACAGAGUGUUGGGAAGACGUCUCUGAUUACACGGUUCAUGUACGACAGUUUUGACAACACAUAUCAGGCAACGAUUGGGAUUGAUUUCCUGUCAAAAACCAUGUAUUUGGAGGAUCGAACGGUGAGGUUGCAGCUCUGGGAUACAGCAGGACAAGAACGCUUUAGGAGCCUUAUUCCCAGUUACAUACGUGACUCCACUGUGGCUGUGGUGGUCUACGACAUUACAAAUGUUAAUUCAUUCCAACAAACGUCAAAGUGGAUCGAGGAUGUGAGAACAGAGCGAGGCAGUGAUGUCAUUAUUAUGCUAGUAGGCAAUAAAACAGACCUGGCAGAUAAGAGGCAAAUAACAAUUGAGGAAGGUGAACAGAGGGCUAAAGAGCUGAGUGUUAUGUUCAUCGAGACCAGUGCCAAGACUGGUUACAACGUCAAACAGCUGUUUCGACGUGUCGCCGCAGCUCUCCCAGGAAUGGAAUGUAUGCAAGAGACAAGCAAGGAAGGAAUGACUGAUAUUAAGUUGGACAAACCACAAGAGCCCCAAACGACCGAAGGUGGCUGUUCCUGCUAAUAAUCAACACUGUGCAGGAAAAUGCCAUUUACACCAUGUGCUUGAUGUGUUGCAUCCCAUUGGUUAAACUUCAGUUGACUUUGCACAUCAGAAUUGGGCCUCCUCACCUGACCAAUAGGGUCAUUUCGAUAGAACUAGCAAUAUGUGAGUUUGGUGUGUAAAGGAGUGUUGCCAACUUUAUUAUUGAGAAAAAGAAGGGAAAAAAAAACCUGAUGCAACAUAUAAGAAAAAAGAUCCCUGAGGUGUGUGUGUGCGCGUAUGCGUGCGCAUGUGUAUUUUUAUGUAAACAGUGGCGUUUCCCCAGUUUGUUUGUAUUUUUGUAUAUUCAGGGAAAUUCCUUUGGAAAACACUGAAACUCUGUAUUUAAGAGGUUGACGUGUUCUGAGAUGCACUCUUAUGGAUCUCAUCGUCCUUAUGGGCAGAGAC